UCGAAGGCAACACAAGCCCAACAAGAUAUGCACUUUGUAUUCAGCAAAUAGAAUGGAUAUUUCCGGAGACGAAGCUAGAAGAAAAGCUGCCUUGUACCCGCGACAAGGAGGAGGAUGGAAGAAGGGCAUUGCAAUAUUCGAUUUCAUUCUCAGGCUCUGUGCCAUUGGGGCCAGCUUAGCCGCCGGGACUACUAUGGGGACGACAGACCAGACACUUCCUUUCUUCACGCAGUUCUUCCAGUUCCAAGCCAGCUAUGACGAUCUCCCUUCUUUCACAUUCUUCGUGAUAGCGAACGCAGCAGCGGGUGCUUACCUCAUCCUCUCCUUGCCCUUCUCCAUAGUAUGCGUUAUCCAGCCUCACUCAACUGCUCCAAGGCUCCUCCUCCUCAUCUUUGACGCUGUAAUGAUGGCCAUCAUGACCGCUGCCGCCUCCUCUGCUGCAGCAAUAGUGUACCUGGCACACAACGGGAACACGAAUGCAAACUGGCUGGCCAUCUGCCAGCAGUUCAACGACUUCUGCCAGCGAGUCAGCGGGGCCGUGGUGGCUUCCUUUGCAGCGGCCCUCAUCCUCCUCUUCAUAGUUGUCUUGUCUGCCUUUGCCCUCAAGAGGACCUGAGGAGACAUGUCUCUUCAUAAAAAUGUAUGCAUCAAAUCCACGACAGCAAGUCAGAACGUUGCAUUUACUUCUAAAGAAAAAAUUUGGUAAAUAAAAUCGACCCUAAGGAACUCCGUUGAAUCACCAUAAGGCCCUUAAGUUGAAUAUUGUUCGAAAAAAGUGAAUCUUCGCUGGC